AUGUGCCAGUUGAAGUUUGGGCAAGGUAUGAAGCGUGGCCUCAGUGUCAAGCUUGUGCGCCUGGGCCGAAUUCUUCUCAACGCGUGUCAUUGCCAAGUACAGUGGUGUUUGAUGCGCAAGGCUAUCCGAGAUGGGAAGCUUCAGGCAGAUGUCCAUGGCCUCUGCAUUUUCCAGGGCCUUUGCGCUUUGCCUACCCUGUUUGUCGAACAGGAUGAUCUCAUCAGCCAGGCAUUUCGCCAAAAUGUGAAAUCUGCAUAUAUCUCUCCAGUGAGCAGCCUUCAAUGGACGCACAUGGUGCUGGUGACGCACUUUGGAGACAAAGUUGGGACGGACUACUCGCAGAUCUUCGCUUGGGAUAACCCUGUGGAACGGAGGAGCAACGGCAAGUUGCUUUGCAAUGUGCUGGACAGACUCUUGAAAGGCUACGAGACCAAGGUUGAUGCAGAGGGGGUCGCAGUUGAACCGCCUUUGGCCAAAAAACGCAGGGGAAGACGCGCUCCAUCCAAGAAGGAUGACAGCCAGACUUCGCAACCUGCUCCAGAUGGCAACCGUUCUGAGAUCCGCAUUGGCACAGUCAAGGUGACUGCCAUCAAGAACCUGCUUAUGUGGGUCACUCCGCAGGCUUACAAGAUGAUGAUGCACCAUUCCUCUGUUUGUGGAGGGGAGCGCCGUUCGGCCUUCACUGAAGCAGUGUUGGCGUGGCGUCAUUUAUGGCCAGGGAGCCCCCCAGCAGAGGGUAUGAUGCCGAAUGAGGCUGAGGAAUUUGCCAGGCGAGGUGCUGCAGCAAUGCAAAAGAAGCUGUUGCCUGAUCGGGUCACGUCGAAGCCCUUGCAGUUCGGAAUGGAUUUGACACCAGAAGAUCAUGAAGCCUUGAUCCUGAAAAUUGUCAGCGUGUAUGAAAGUGAGAUGGAAACAAAAGGUGACUUGGCCAAGAUCAACGUGGACCAGCUGUGGAGCUACCGCAUGGUAGUGCAGGCAUGGCGUCAAACAGUGAUUCAUUGUGCCAAAGCAGACCUUGAUGAGCGAAGCUUCCAAGAGGUCCAGAGUGCCAUUGAAACCGGCGACGCAUUGGACCAGCAGCUCUGCCAUUGCUUGAAAAGCUUUCCACUUGAAUUUGGCCUCACAAUGUUGCCAGAUGUGAAGUGUUUGACAGAUGCUGGUGAGAUGCAAGAUGCAGAAGUUGAUGAUGUCAUUGAGAAAGCCGAGAAGGAUGAGUGGAUUUCCAAGUUCAUCGCUGUGGAGGCGAAAUUGAAGUUGGAUUGGAAGCUGCUCAACUCAGUGUCAGAUGGCUAUGAGGUUCUUGGAGAUUGCCUGGAUUGGCUGUCGACCCAAAAGAAAUUGAAAGUUGCACAGCACGCUCGGGACACAGUUGACAGGCACAUGAAAUUCUUCUGCCCCGUGUUGGCUGUGGAGAACAAUGAGAGUUUGCCUGGGGACCUGGAGGGCUUGAUGGCUUCCCUGCCGCCGCUGGCUGAUCCUGAUGGCAAGCGUCUCAUGGUUUUCCAUUUGGAUUUCAACAUCCCAAAUGCCAGGAAUGCUCUGAGUCUCAAAGGGCUUAUCCCAUCAUUGGCCAAUUGUGUGGGCACUACUGUGGUCUUGUGCAUCUUUCCAAACCGCAGUCGAGAGGAUAGUGAAUGUGAUCCCAUGGAAGACGAGGUGGACAUUGUCCGAAAGAUGCGUGAGGCUGGAUUCAAACGGCAAGUCCCUUUCUUCAUGCCUUUGCGUGUGCCCAUGGAGGAGACCACAAACCAGACGCAAUGGGACUUUGGGAUGCGGGGACGUCUCAUGUUUUGGGGAGGCGACGACGCUGGGCCCAAUGUUUUUGUGCAGUGCUCAGAGCUGGUGAGAACUGGAAAGUUGCCCGAGGGAGAGCUGUGUUCAGAGAUGCUACCAAUCACUUCGAGCGCAGCAGAAACGGAACGAGCAGAUGGAAUGCGUGUAUGCGCUGCCACCCGGUCGGCCCAGAAAGGUGGAGAAGUCUGGAAGAUCGUGUACCAGCAACUCAUGAUGACUAGCAAAGCAAAUCCAGCUGCAGCCCCUCCACUGGUGAGACCAAAGGAUGAGAUCGUCAUCCUGGACUUUCACGUCCACAAUGCAGACCAUGCAUUGGGGUCUUGCUUGAUGGCAGCAGAGGGAGGGCCUGUGCAGAGGCAUGUGAUGCUGAAGUUUCUGCGGGACAAAAAGAGCCUGAGUGCCUGUGAGUUCUCACAAAACGAGUUGGCGCGCACCUGGGCACGAAAUGGCUUAAGCACGAACUUAAGCUUUUCACAGAGACUGGAAAAAGUGUGGCUCCCAUUGAAGCCGAUAUCACCAUUCUCGAUGACAAUGACAAGGCCUACCUCCGCUCAGUGCCUGGAGCCAUGGAAGCAUACGAAGGAACGAGAACGUGGGAAGGCAAGCUCCGCGUGA